AUGAGAGUCCAGCUGGUGUGCGUGGUGCUGCUGGCCCUGGCCUCCUGCAGCCUCUGCUCCGAUUCAGAAGAGGAAAUGAAAGCAUUAGAAGCAGAUUUAUUGACCAAUAUGUACACAUCAAAGAUUAACAGAGCAAAACUUCCUUAUUGGAAAAUGACCCUGCUAAAUGUCUGCAAUCUCGUCAACAACAUAAACAACCAAGUGGGGGAAACAGUAGAGGUAGAUGAGGAGGAUCUGGUUCCAGGGAGACAGUUCCCUGCUGCUCUGGAUGGCUUCAGCUUGGAAGCAAUGCUGACAAUAUAUCAACUCCAAAAAGUUUGUCACAGCAGAGCCUUUCAGCAUUGGGAGUUACUUCAGCAAGACGCUUUUGAUCUAGAGAACUCAAGCCAAGAAAAGGAAAUCACAAAGAGAAAAAAUCCCUAUAUUCUGAAACGGCAGCUACAUGUGAACAAAGCUAGAAGACCAUACAUACUCAAGAGAAGUUCAUAUUACUGA